GCGAUAAAUGUCUGGAGAAAAUCAUCGUCCGGCACAAUCGGCACUUAAGCUCCGCAGUGCACCGACCACCAGGCCACCUGGAGGAACCGCAGAAUAUCGUUGCAUACGGCUGCGGCCCACCGACAAUGUCCCCUGCAGCCAUGUCUCCGCGGAGGAGGUCCAGGAAGAGGGGGGGCGGCGCCCUGUCCAACCUCAUCCUGAACGCCAUCUCCUAUAGCGGGCCCUCGGGCACCACCCUGGCGGGUCUCAGGAGAGUCCUGAAGGCCAACGGCUACGACGUGACGCGCAACCGAGGCAAGCUCCGAAUGGCCGUCCGCAGGCUGGUGUCCAGGAACUACAUCGUGCGCACGAGGGGGAGGCGGCUCCGGAUCAACCCCUACGGCCCUCGCAGGCGCAGGGGCAUCCGGAGGCUGAGGCGGCGGAGGAGGGGCCGGCGGAGGAGGCGCAGGAGGAGAGUCCGGAGGAGACGCUCCAGGAGAAGGCGCAGGAGGGCCACACCCCGCCGCCGGAGAAGGAGGAGAAGGAGGAGGCGCAGGAGGAGAAGGAGCUCUGUGAGGAGACGGAGGAGGAGGAGGUCCGUGCGGAGGAGGAGGAGGAGGAGGUCCCUCAGGAGGAGAUCCCGGAGGAGGAGAUCCCUCAGGAGGAGGAGGAGGUCUCGCAGGAGGAGGUCCCUCAGGAGGCGGAGGAGAGUGAGAAGGAGGAGGAGGAGGGCGCCCAGGAGGCGGAGGAGGAGAAUCAGGCGGGUCCGCAGGCUGAGGAGGGUCCGAGUCAGGAGGAUCCGACGCAGAAGGAGACCCCUGAUGCGCAGGAGGAGGCGCAGGAGGAGGAGGAGACUGAGCAGACUCUAUUAG